CAAGAGACCAGAAUAGAACAAGCUUAGACAACAGAGGGUCGAGAUUCGGCAGAGUAAAAGUUCUCUUUGAAAACGACUACUCAGCACAGGGCAAACUAAUCAGCAUAUUUUAAUCACAAAAAUAAAGUUAUUGAAAUACCUAAAAUUGGAGUUAGACUGAACUGAGUGAACCAGAUCUAACCAGGGCCAUCAUGAAUGAAAAAGUAGAAGUUGGGUUGCAUGUUCGUGUAGCCGACUGCUUUUUAAGUGCACUUGUCAUUGGUCCAGCAGUUGUCUGCUACUGGAGAGGAACGUGGAAUUUAUUGGAUCUGUACCUAUUCCCCAAUGAUACUGAGAAAACUGGAUGGAUAUCUGCUGCCAUUGGAAUUUUCAUUCCAUUGAUUUUUAGUUUUUGUCAGUUCUUUAUUCAAAAACUUGUGGAAGGGGAAUCAAAGGCUGUGUUUGUUUUGAUGUCCAGAGUGUACACCUAUUUCUUUGCAUUUGGGUGUGUCAGUCAGUGGAGAGGUGUCUGGUAUCUGUUAGAUCACUACACAGGGACGACACCCUGGGGUGCAGCUGGGCCACUCAUUGUUGCAUGUGGAGUUAUGGUUUUUGUGAGAGGACUAGUGAACACUCUAGCACCACCACUGGUUAUUUCCAUGGACUUUCCUGAAAACUAUUUCACAGUGACAAGACGCUUCAACAUACAGCCUAAAGACUUGGGUAACUUCAUCUAUGAUGCGGUCUUUUCCGUUGUCAUCAUUGAUGGGUUAGUUGUUUGCAUUUGGAGAGGAACAUGGCUACUUCUUGAUUUUGGCUGGGAGACAGUAAUAGCAAAAGAUGUCUACUUCUUAUCUCACAUCUCUUCCUUGUGCCUAGGCUAUGGAUUGACUUUUUUGGCCAUGUUAUUUCAGCAUCCAGUACAUUUAAUAUCACAAAAACUUCUGAACUAUCCAAAAGUAUUCAAGAUUGCUAUUGAGGAUAUCUUCACUGCAGCUGGAAUUGUGGGCUGUGUCUCUGUUUGGCAUGGGGUGUGGUAUAUCCUUGAUGCUUAUUUUUUGCCAGAUAGAUUAGAGUUGAGUGCAUGGAUCUCACACAUCAUGGGGUUUUGUGUGACACUUGCUCUUUUUGCCUCCAAUUCAUUGUUGGUGAGAGGAUGUUCUGUAGAUGGUGACAGCAUUGAAGAUGUACAUUAUUUGGUCCAGCCUGUACAGUACUUUGAGAGUAUAAAAGCCUGUAGAAAAGAGAAGACUGAGACUCCCAAUGUAGAACUAAGGACUUAUAGGUCCAAGGAUGAAGAAAAAAAAGGAGGCCUGGAUUCUGUUGCUUUGGCUUUGGCUUAAAGGGACAACAACUGUUCGUGUUAGAUUCUUAUAGCAUAAUAAAUGCAUUGCAAACAACUCAUAGAAAUAUAAUAAAUUCCAUUUUACCACCAAAACAGCAGUUAUUGCAAUAAUUAUGGAAUCUGUGGACCUUCUUAGAUGGCUAUACCUUCCUAAUAAUUUAUUACAAUUAUUGCCAAAAAAAAAAAAAAAAA